ACGAUCCUCCAUCAGAUCGACAUGUUCUGGAUUCUUCUCAUAUUUCUGCUUCGUAUCCUCCUGAUCAAAACGAUCUGAGUCGGUGACAUUCCCCACUUCUUCUGGGUCUUCACUCCGUUGUCUCUUCUUUCUCGCCCUGCUUCUUCCGGCCAGACCCACCGAUUCAUCGAUCUUCAACAUCAGACGAACCCGUCCCCACCUCUAAUUGCUUUGCUUUUCUCCGUCCCCACCUCCAAUUUAUUUGCUUUUCUGUACCGACAUCGACUUAGGUGCAGAGGAAGACCGACAAACGUAGUCGUUUGACGAUGCGAUGUAUCACUCCGCCAUCGCUUACGUGUGUUUCUUGUGCGACAGAUGCAGAAGCGAUAGGUAGAUGAUUUCAAUAUGAUUCCCCCACUCUUAAGACCAGAAAUCUAAAAGCUACUUGCACAGUGGUUCGGGAAUGAAGAAUGAACGUAUCUGUAGUUGGUUUUUAAAUCCCCUGUUCACGAUGUAGGUGGUUUAUGUUCAGUACUUCACCAUAGUGGGAGAAUGUCUAUAUUGGGUGAAUCUACUCGGGUUGUGAAGGAUAUGCUUGAUUAGAUCAAGUCCCUCAAAAAGGAAAAUGUGACCCCAGAUAACAUCAUAUAUCGUUGCUAAUAAGGUAUGACAGAAAAUGAGAAUAAUGGUUUAUAAAUUGUUUGAUCGAGAAUUAUGCAUUUUUUUGGGUUUCAGGACGAGAGACAGUAGUUGUUUUGAGUUUGAGAGUGGUGGAGUAGUUAUAUCCACAAUCAACCCAACAAAUGAAUUCCAGGUUCAUAAACACUAUUUUUCCCUUUUGGUCAUCAGGGCUUUAUGAAGUAAGUUUAUGAUCACGAUGACCAUAUCUGAAAAGCCACUUCGUCUUUUUCUCUCAUUCUCAGCCAUCUGCUUUCGAUUGUUGACCACCACCGGUCAGAGCUUCAAUAUUGUUCCCAGAUGUUUCUUCCCUUUUUGGAACAUCUUCAAGCGACUGGAGUUCGGAACCACCCACCUCAAACAAAAUCAAAUGUUGGCUUUGGUCGAAAUUCUUCGGGAGGAGUCCAUGAGUUGAUCCAAACAGCAAAAGCUUACAUUUUGGAUCAAUGUUUAUAGCGUUUUUCUGGCAAAUUACACAGAAUAAUCCCUGUGUGUUGAGUAAAUUUGUUUGUUCCGAACCCCGCGGAGCGGGGUUUCUCAGCUAGUUAUUAUUAUUGAAGAUGAUUUGUGUUCGGUUUCACAACUUAUUCAAAUAUAUUUUAUUCCGGCUUU